GAAGACUAUUAAAGCAAGUUGGCAGCACUGAGAGUAAAACUGCAAUAUCAUUAGAGACCGACUCGGUUACUUUUGUAAAGAGUUUAUGUUUAUAAUUUAUUAAAAGCACUGCACGAAAACAGUUAAAAUGACCGUGACGGCUGUUCCAUCGACGGAGAGCAUACGCGAAAAGGCGCUGUCCGAUUACAGAAAGAAACUGCUGGAGCACAAAGAAGUUGAGGGACGCCUCAAAGAAAAACGCGAGGAAAUCAAGGAACUGACUAAGCUGUAUGACAAGUCGGAGAAUGAUCUGAAAGCGCUGCAAAGUGUAGGACAAAUUGUGGGCGAAGUGCUAAAACAAUUGACCGAAGAUAAAUUCAUUGUGAAGGCAACGAAUGGACCACGUUAUGUGGUUGGUUGCCGUCGCCAGCUGGACAAGGCCAAGUUGAAGUCGGGCACUCGAGUUGCUCUGGACAUGACCACAUUGACCAUAAUGCGCUAUUUGCCACGUGAAGUGGAUCCUUUGGUGUACAACAUGUCGCACGAGGAUCCUGGCGAUGUUACCUACUCGGCAAUUGGCGGACUAACGGAACAGAUACGCGAGUUACGCGAAGUCAUUGAGUUGCCGCUGCUCAAUCCCGAGCUAUUCCUGCGCGUUGGCAUCACACCACCGAAGGGUUGUCUGCUUUACGGUCCUCCUGGCACCGGUAAAACACUGUUGGCCCGUGCCGUUGCCUCUCAGCUGGAUGCCAACUUCCUGAAGGUCGUCUCCUCGGCAAUUGUGGACAAGUAUAUUGGCGAGAGUGCACGUUUGAUACGUGAAAUGUUUAAUUAUGCCCGCGAUCAUCAGCCUUGCAUUAUAUUUAUGGACGAGAUCGAUGCCAUCGGUGGUCGUCGUUUCUCUGAAGGCACAUCCGCGGAUCGUGAGAUCCAACGUACUUUGAUGGAGCUGCUCAAUCAGAUGGAUGGCUUCGAUUCGCUGGGACAGGUCAAGAUGAUUAUGGCCACCAAUCGACCAGAUACUCUAGAUCCUGCUCUAUUGCGUCCAGGUCGUUUGGAUCGUAAAAUUGAGAUUCCAUUGCCCAACGAACAGGCGCGUCUGGAGAUUCUCAAGAUUCAUGCGCUAAAGAUUGCCAAACAUGGCGAGAUUGAUUAUGAAGCCAUUGUCAAGUUGUCGGACAAUUUCAACGGCGCUGAUUUACGCAAUGUUUGCACUGAAGCAGGUCUCUUUGCCAUCAGAGCUGAACGUGAAUAUGUUAUCCAGGAGGACUUCAUGAAGGCCGUCCGUAAAGUGUCCGACAACAAGAAGCUGGAGAGCAAAUUGGAUUACAAGCCAGUUUAAAAACUAUCUAAAACGCAUCUUAAUUAAACUAAAUAAAAUACAAAACUUAUAAAACUUA